CAUGAGGCGAGGCACAGGACAAAACACAGGAAUGGGAACAGCGGGUUUCGUCAAGGACGUGCAGACAGAUCACCGGCGAUUCUGUGUCGUGCCCUCGAGAAUCUGUCGAGAGAGACACGCAGAACAUUGGUGGACCCCCCCCUACACGGAAACGAGAAGGACAACCCCGUUGCGAGUCAGGCACGCCGAGAAAUCUCGAGUGCGCUAGUCUGUUCUGAACCUGAAUCGCCCAAACCGCCUGAGAGGAGGCUUUGAACGGAGAAAGAACCCCACUUUUCUGCGCCUGCUUCAAAGAUACUCUUUAGACCUACACGUCGAAGUUGCGCUAGUCGGUCGAGCUGAUCGCCUCUCGUCUUCGGAUUUUAACACACCGAGGACUCGCAGAGAGCGAAAACAGCUUGUCUCCACCGUCGGAUUGACGGACUACAUGCGAUAGAUCGUGGAAAUAGGUUAACAACUACAUUCAAGAUCUGACAGCACCGCCCCAUGCCUCGCACUCCGACUCUCCUGGAGUGCUUGAGACAGCUAAAUUAGUGCAUUUUCAGGUUGCUGUUCCACCCCAGCUAUGCGGUAGACGCACGUUAUAGGGAUGAAUAUGUUUCCUCGUAUGAAAAGCGAGAGAAAACGACUCACACGCUCGUGUGACCGACUUCCGUCGACUCUCGACAUUCACGGAAGUCUUUCCUUGCGUUUGCGUCCGUUGGUAGGGUUCGCAAGAAACCGGGAAAAGAAGGACCGUUUGACUUGCGAAUGACGCAAGUUUCGACCGUGGUACUUCAACAGAACGUCUGCAGGUGGACGAACGCGAACUCUGCAGGUAUCAAAGUUCUUCUGCACACCUCACAGAUGAUUGGGUCACUGCCUCCAGCUUAACCUGCGUUACCAGGGGAAACGGGCCUCAAUUUCCCGGAAGUUCAUUUCCUCUGCAGCACUUCGUCGAAAGAAUUCAGGCGUCAUCCCUUCCACAGUCCGGCGCAGAACCGAUUUGCACAAAGUCUAUUUUUCCUUUUCCUUCCAACGCAUGCGUAGGCCACGACGCGCGUCUUUCUGUCUCCAUCGGGAGAAGCCCAGUUUUAGAGAGAAAUCAGUGUCCUUCUCCGCUCCGAGUCUACUCUCGACUUAGAAAAGAGACAGAACCACUCUCGUAGAGACAUGCAUUUUUGGAAUUAAGAUGUACAAGAAUGCGAGCUGCUCUGUCUCUCCGACUCGCCAGCUGAGCUGUCUCCGCACAUGCAGGUUGCCGUCUCAACCUCCGUGUCUUCAUGCGAGUGGCUUUCUCCUUCGUGGGUUUCGGUCGAUAAACUUCAGGCUUCUUUUUCCUCGAUUUCUCUCGCACGCAUUCGGAUUGCGGUUGUCUUUGGCAUUUCUUAGCUAUCAGAGACGCUCUUUCUUGCCGACCCGCCGACCCCCCUCGAUGUCUCGGUGUACCCAUUCUCUAAGAUGGUUGCGUCGAUCCCUUUCGAAGACUUCUGUUACGCUUCUUUUUCGCUUCUCGACUUCCUUCGCUUUCUAUCCGUUCUUCUCUCUUCUCCGUCCUUUCUUCAUCUUUUAGAGUCUUCCCUGUUCGUCGUCCCUCGGACUUCUCGCGCUUCUCCGUUGCCCUUCUUUCGUCUCUCGGCCCUACAAGUAACCGGGAUUCGAAAGUUUUAAGGAGAAGCUGGUAUAGCAAGUUUCAUCUUCACUCUCGUCUCACUCUCUUCUCUUCAGAGAGCAGUCUUCUUUAAAUUCUUCGUCUCCAUUCUCUUUCUCUCCUCCAUCUUGUUCGCGCCUUCCACUUCCUUUGUCUCCCUCUUCUUCGUCUGCAUGUUCUCUGCCUCUGCCCCAAAAGAUGGAGAAAGUUUUUUCUCUCCCUAAAAGCGCCGGUGGCUGUCUCAAGCAGGCUGCAGGACCUGGAACGCAAGUUUCGUCACCUCCUCAUGCAGGGCAGACAGCGGCAUCUGCAUGCUUCUCUUUCUUCGACCCCUACCCUGUCCAGCGAGACUUCAUGGCACACGUCACAGCUUUUCUGGAAAAUCCAGAAAAAAAAUUCACCAUGCUGGAAAUGCCAACGGGGACCGGCAAGACGCUCGCGCUCCUCGCCAGCACUCUUUCUUGGUUGGAGAAGAACGAAGAGAAGCUGAUGGUCGAGCGCAUGCAGACCGAAGAUGGCCGGCGCGAGACAGACAGAGACAACAUGGACGAUACAGGUCCAAGGAGAGAAACGAAAGCGCCUCCCGCGUGGAUCCGAGCAGCGUACGAAGCGCAGCAACGCGCGACAGCGUCGGGAGCUUUGCAAGACGAAGAACGGCGAAGAAAGGAGCGACUGCAGCGCGCCGAGGCUCUCAGACGGGAGAUGGAAGAAGCAGAAAAAGAAACGAAAAAGGAGAGAGAAACGCAGGCCCCCGCGGCCAGCACGGCCGCUGGCAGCGGACAGGCGGCAAAGGCUGCUGCGACGCUCUGGCGGCGCCGGCAGGAGACGUACUCAAAAGAAGCUAAUCCCAGUGUUUCGAGUAGUCCAGGAGAAAGCGAGAAGAAGGACAACUUGCGUCUGCAGACAGAGGACCCUCAAGAGUUCCUUGUAGAUUUUUCUUCUCUCACAAUGAAAACUGAAGGAGAAAGCGACUCUUUGCCUGUGGAGAGCGAUCGCAAGACAGUCUACGCUCCUCGGAAAACGCAGGUCAUCAUCGCCAGCCGCACUCACUCGCAACUCAGACAAUACGUCGAAGAAAUUCGAAGAAUUCAACGCGCUGCCCUCUCUCCGUCUGCGGCUUCCUCAUCUUCUGUUUUGUGUCUUGGACGCUCUGGGAGAGAAUGCGGGGCGGCAGACUGUCCGGCGGGGAAGAGCGAAAGAGAAUUUGCAGACGCCGGGACACCGCAGCCGCUUCUCACUCGGCUUCAAGUGGCUGUCUUGGCCGGUCGAGACCGCCUCUGCGUAAAUCCGGCGGCUCGGAGGCAAGACUCUUCGACAGACGCGCGAAGGGAGGAAGGCGUCGAUCGCUCUGGAGACAUCGCCGACGCAUGCGCUUUGCUGCUCGACAAAGGGCAGUGUCCCUUCUAUGCACGACGGAGCGUUCUCGCCGACCUCGCUUUGACUGAGUGUAUGGACAUCGAAGACUUGACGAAGGCUGGGUGCUCUCCUGCUGUCAUGGGGUGUCCCUACUUCGCUGCUAAAGAGGCAGCGAAGGAAGCAGACGUUGUUCUGCUGCCCACGAGUGCUCUGCUGGCGACCCGCGAGAAAGAAGCUCUGGAAGCAUCUCUGGAGGGAGCUGUUGUCGCCAUCGACGAGGCUCACCACCUCCCGCGCCUUCUUGCCUCGGCGUCCUCUUCCUCUCUCGAGUCGGCAAUCUUAAAAGACGCCGUGGACGGCCUCAGCGAAUAUCUCGCGACCUACCAGGAUAGGCUGCAUCCGAAGUCAACGCAGGCGCUUCUUCAGUUACUUCGAUUCUCUAAAACUCUUUUCGAUGGCCUCUCCUCCUACCGACAAAGUGCCUCCCCCAACUCCGUCCCCGGUUCUGUCUUCUCUUCCAAAAUACAACAGACACCUCAUGAACCUCCUGUCUCCUCUUCGUCUUCCUCUUCUUUCUCUUCCUCUUCUUUCUCUUCCUCGUCUUUCUCUUCCUCUUCUUUCUCUUCGUCUUCGUCUUCUUCUUCUGCUUCUCGCGUAAAUGGAUGGACUGCUGAUCAAGAGGGCGAGGGAGACGGGGAAGCUGGUGGAGCUGUGUGUUCUCGGUUUCCAGAGCGGACAGCUUCUGCGGGGUGUGGACCCGCGAGCGAGGAAGAGCCUUUCGCUGUUUUCUCGCCGUCUCAGUUUCUGCGCAGUUUCCAGUUGGGGGACUUCGCUCUGCACGAGCUCCUCGUCUCUCUGACUCACCCGAAAAGUCAAGUCUGCCGGAAGCUUCGGGGCUUCUUGAUGAAGCGAAACACACGCCGAACGCAUGCGUCCGAGCAAGAGAUGAGACCGGCCUCACUAGGCGCCAGGCGGUGCGUAGAGAGACGCGCAGAGGCGCGAACGCCUUUCCGGUCUGCAGCAGAGGCUUUGGAUGGCCCCGGUCAAGCGCGUGGUGGAGACAAAACGAAGCCGGAAAAACACAACGCGAGAGCUGGCGCAUUUCACUCCACGUGUCUGUACACCCUGCGGGCGUUCCUCGACGCGCUUCUCGCCGCUGGCUCCGAAGAUAAAAUUCUCCUCCGAUUCAAGGUCCCCCCUGCAGGACAACUCGAGAGUCUGACGGAGGACGGAGAGAACAUCCCGGGAGAUGGCGAAACGCAGAACGCCUUCGCUUUCUCCUCCGUGCAAGUCGUCUGUCUCGACGAAGUGACCAAGUGUCGCCAGUGCAUUUUGAUGGGCGGAACGAUGGAACCGCGUCUCCGCUUUUCUCCUCUUUACGCGGCCUUGCCACCUUCGUCGAUUUUCCCCGCUUUCUCGGGGUCUCACGUCAUCGCAAAGGAGAACCUGCUGCUUCUCCCUCUCGAACGCUAUCACCUGUGCACCUUCGAUUCGAGAUUUUCGGAAAGAUGGAGACAAAAGGAGCAGCAGGAAGCCUUGCUUCACCUCCUUGUCUCGGGCGCCUCUGCGUUGCCGCCGGGACAGGGCCUGGUCGUCUUCUUCUCCUCCUUCUCGCAGUUGCGCGCAUUCUCCUUCUUCUUGCACCACCAAGCGUCGCCGGCGCUUCGCGCGGCGUUCCAGCAUGCAUGCGCCCACAUUUUCAUAGAAAGUCAAGACGGCGAGCGGGUCGCUUUGCAGAGGAUCUCUUCGGUAGCUUCUACGUCUCGCUCUGCUUCCGCUCAGUCAGGGGACGGCGAGAACUGGGCAGAGUCGAAGAAGAGAGAACGCGCGGACUCAGCAGGCAUCAGAGGAGACAGUCCAGAACGUUGCCAGCUUCUCACUCGGAAAGGAGGCGUGACGUACGGCCGCAGUGGGCCGCUCUUCGAAGCGUACAAACGCGUUCUGAUGGGGGAGGCCCCCAGCAAGACGCCAGGUAUUUGUCUUGAGCGCGAAACUCUCGCGUCGGCGUCGUCCGGCACUGCGGAACGACGUGGAGAGAAGCCGACAGGCUUGCCUGAAAGUGCCUCUACAGCUGCCAGUUUUCAUGCAAGCACACGCGAAUGCGAGCCGCCCAAAGCCGCCUUGUUUUGCGUCAUGAACGGCGCGCUUAGCGAAGGCGUGAAUUUCCACGAUAGCCUAGCCAGACUGCUAGUCCUCGUAGGGUUGCCGUUUCCUAGUAUCAAGGAUCCGGAGUUUCAGCUGCGGGCGGCUUUCUUUUCAUCUGUGCUCGAGCGGACACAGAGAAACGCAGACACACACGCUUCUGUCGGGGAAAAACGCGAGAGCGACACAACACGCGUCGAAAAAAACGUCGACAAAACUGAUAGCGGAGCAGCGCGCUUCCGGGCGGCGCAAACCACAGCUCAGGAGAACAGUGUUCAUGGGCGAGGAGGGAACCGGAGCAUGGACGCUGAAGCCUCGACCGUGAGGAAGCUUGAGAGAAAACCCCGCUGCGCUGAACCAACUCCCAACGGCCGAACCAGCUACGGUUUACUCCACUGCUUACAAACAGUUAACCAAACCAUCGGGAGAGCGAUCCGGCACAGCCAAGACUAUGCCGCAGUUUUGCUCGUUGACUGCCGCUACACUGCGAAACACAUCGAGACGCUUCUUUCUCCGUGGAUUAGAGAGGCUCUCGACGCCUCCCGCAGAGCCACAGAGGAGUCUAUUUCGCCUCUCGCCCGGGACUGGGCAGAGGAGGACCUCUGCCGAGAUCGCUUCGGGACAGCAAAGGAGGGGCACUCCGCCAGGCCAGAUAUACCCGACACGUGCGGCGGGUUGACCACGCGACUUGCCGGAUUUUUCAAACUUAUGGCGGAACAUGAAAAACUGAAAUGUACCUCUCGUGACUGCGUGCGAGCAUGCAGUUAGAACCAAGUUUUCACGGCGAUUCGACGCCAAUCUGUGUUUUGUUGGAUUCAACGGCUUGCUGCGUCCGAGACGUUUUCAGUGCCGGUAACUCUAGCGGGACGUCGACUUCUGAAGGAGUUGGUUUUCCUCAAAAACAGACUCGCUGGAGGGUUCCGCUAGCAAACAGGAACUCUUGGAAACAGGGAUUUCGAGUGCUUCUCUCGUCAGCGACGCCGGGCACUGGAUGUCUGGUUAACGAAGAACGGGAGAGCGAGCUACGUCCAUACUCUCACGUAGACGUAUGUUCCUCGAGUGCGACAGCACAACAUCCGUCUUUGAACACGCCACAAAGAAAAAAACACAUUCGGCGAUGCAGGCAUUUCCCCUUCCAUGGGAACGCAAACGCUCUACCUCCCCCGUGCUGCUCGAGCUGAAAUCGUAGAACGCGACAGGCGUUUACCUGCUCAAUGAGUCCUGACAAACAAUGACGGUUGUGUCAACUUGAGUGCACUUUGCUUUCAACAGAUCAGAUUUCCACCCGUCCUGGUUUUCGUGGCUCGCCUUCGAGAAUCCACUGUGAUUUUGGCAAUACAAAGGAGUCAAACGUUGUGGCGACGUUUUGCACACAGAGUUGGGGUUUCCCUCCAUGUGGCUUACAAGUGGCUCUGCUUUGGACGAUACCACAGAGCGCAUAGAUGCAAUGCAUGCAUAGAUGGCAGUUUCAAACAUGGGUUGCGUUGUCCGCAAAGGGACAAAAAACAGCGUGAGGGCCUCGGUACCCGGGCGUGAUACCCAGCAUGAAUGGGUUUUUCUCCGUAACAGUACAGUAACUCUGUCCGAGCAACGAGGACAUUUUCGUGAGGUAUGAGGCUCGUUUGCUUAACCUAUUUAGCACCACAAAAGAUUAAGCUGAACCUCCCAGAGAGUCCUACACUACACGGGACCCACAUUACCCUGAUCAGCUCUGUGGUGUUGGUUUACGGCAGGGACGUCCCGGUCAUAACAUCCAGCGAGUCCUUCCUAUUAUACGUAUUGCUCAGGCACCUACUCGUGAUAACAACUCCCUCUGUAAACUUUGCUUCCACCCAGUCUUUUGCAAACACCGGAUGCAUUGUAGAAGGCAAAUAUGAACUCUUUCUCUAUACGUUUAUCUGCUUACCGCUGACUUGAGGGGGCGGGUAUUUCGUGUUGGCAGGGCCCCGAUAAAAGGUUUGUCGACAGACAUCAGAGUUCCAAUAAACGCGUCAAGAGAAUCACUACAUCCUGCCAUGCUGCUCUCCACCGUGUCUCCGAAGCAGACAUCAGUGAAACGCUGUGUUAAGGGUAAUGGUACCCGUGAUUGUCACGACUUUCCGGUACUUUACAGUCAUUAGGCAGUCAGUGAAUAUAAGAUUGGAGACGAGGCGCUUCCCCAAAUUGGAGCUUCAUCACUCGCAUGCUCUA